AUGUCCUCCUCCGCCUCAAUCCCGCCCCUCAACAUCCCUCUCCACGUCAAGUACAUCCAGGACCUCGACAAAAAACAGGAUCUUGCGUACCACCUGACUUCUCAUUUACGGCUCAAUGGUAUCUACUGGGGCCUCACCGCCCUCUAUAUCAUGGGUCAGCCUGAAGCGCUUGAUCGUGAAGGUGUGAUACAAUAUGUCUUGUCUUGCUGGGACGACAAAGCUGGCACGUUUGGGCCUCAUCCGGACCAUGACGGGCAUAUCCUUGCGACGCUCUCGGGUAUUCAAGUAUUACUCAUGCAAGAUGCCCUCGACCGGGCCGACGUCGAACGGAUAACCUCUUGCAAUCUCAUCAAUGCCGACGGAUCAGUCCGUGGCGACCCGUCCCCCGAAUCCGACUCUCGUUUCACCUACAUCCUCCUAUCCUCUCUCUCCCUAAUGUCCCGCCUUCACCUCCUUACUCCUGCACAGCUCUCUUCCAUCACCUCCAACAUUGAACAAUGUAAAAACUUUGACGGAGGUUUUGGGCUCGAGCCGGGGACGGAGAGCCACUCGGGUCAGGUUUGGGUGUGUACGGCGGCGUUGGCGAUUCUGGGCAGAAUGGAUCUGGUGGAGGUGGAUCUUUUGGGCGCUUGGCUGUCGGAGAGACAAUUACCAAACGGGGGACUGAAUGGGAGGCCGGAGAAACUUGAAGAUGUAUGCUACUCGUGGUGGUGUCUGGCGUCAAUAUCGAUUAUCGGCAAGAUCCACUGGAUCAACGCUGAGAAGCUGACCAACUUUAUCCUCAGCGCCCAGGAUCCAGAUGAAGGAGGUAUUGGGGACCGCCCCGGAAACUGGGUAGACGUGUUCCACACCCUCUUCGGUGUCGCUGGCUUGUCUCUACUCGGCUACCCAGGACUGCAAGAUAUAGACCCCGUCUACUGCAUGCCUGCAGACCUCAUAGACCGCCUUGGCCUCCGCAAAGCCUACUCUGUCCUCCCCCGGCAGUCCUCAUAG